CUGCCUGGCGCGGGCCCCGCCCUUGCAGCGUACUGCGGCGCUCAGCGACUUGAGCAAUUGCUGGGGCUCUGCUCCAGGAGGGAGCCAGCAGCCUGGAGGCCAGUCCCUGAUCACCAUGGAGUUGCCUCUAAGCCAAGCUACGCUCCGGCAUACUCUGCUGCUCCUGCCUGCCCUCUUAAGUUCAGGUCAAGGAGAGCUGGCGCCACAAAUUGAUGGUCAGACCUGGGCUGAGAGAGCACUUAGGGAGAAUGAGCACCAUGCUUUCACCUGUCGGGUUGCAGGGGGUUCUGCCACUCCCCGAUUAGCCUGGUACCUGGAUGGACAGCUACAGGAGGCUACCACCUCGCGACUCCUGAGUGUGGGCGGGGACGCCUUCUCUGGAGGUACCAGCACUUUCACUGUCACUGCCCAGCGCUCCCAACAUGAGCUUAACUGCUCCCUGCAGGACCCAGGGAGUGGCCGGCCAGCCAAUGCCUCUGUCAUUCUCAAUGUGCAAUUCAAACCAGAGAUUGCCCAGGUUGGAGCCAAGUACCAGGAAGCUCAGGGCCCAGGCCUUCUGGUUGUCCUGUUUGCCCUGGUACGGGCCAACCCACCUGCCAAUGUCACAUGGAUUGACCAGGAUGGGCCAGUGACUGUCAAUGCCUCUGACUUCCUGGUGCUGGAUGCCCAGAACUAUCCCUGGCUCACCAACCACACUGUGCAGCUGCAGCUCCGAAGCCUGGCACACAACCUCUCGGUGGUGGCCACCAACGAUGUGGGUGUCACCAGCGCCUCACUUCCAGCUCCAGGGCUCCUGGCCACACGGAUAGAAGUGCCACUGCUGGGCAUCGUUGUGGCUGGAGGACUUGCCUUGGGCACUCUAGUGGGGUUCAGUACCUUGGUGGCCUGCCUGGUCUGCAGGAAAGAGAAGAAAACAAAAGGCCCCUCCCGGCGUCCUUCUCUGAUAUCUAGUGACUCCAAUAACCUGAAACUGAAUAAUGUGCGCCUGCCCCGGGAGAACAUGUCCCUCCCAUCCAACCUUCAGCUCAAUGACCUCACUCCGGAUCUCAGAGGGAAAGCAACAGAGCGGCCAAUGGCUCAGCAUAGCAGCCGUCCAGAGCUUCUAGAAGCAGAGCCUGGUGGCCUCCUCACCAGCCGAGGCUUCAUCCGUCUCCCAAUGUUGGGCUACAUCUACCGUGUGUCCAGCGUAAGCAGUGAUGAGAUUUGGCUCUGAGCUUGAGAGUGAGGCAGACGGCCCAGGUGGCCUGUGGACUCCCCAGAGUGACCACCCCAGCAUCUUCUUCAAGCUUCCCUCUGCCUGGCCCUGUUGUGACCAUGAAGAAACCAUGUCACUGCCAUCUGGCCUGCCUGGCAAGGAUACCUGUGGGUCAUGCAUGUGUAUGUCAUUGCACUCUAACCUGCAAGGCAUGGGUACCCUUGGCAAGGCCACGGGUCAGAACUAAGCCCCUUGCACUCACUCAGUUUGGGGCCCUGCAUGUGAUAACCUGGUCCAGGCAGACGGAACUCUGGCCAGGUGUUUUUAGAUGUCACCCGACACCUAAAAGACGGGCCUAUUUAUUAUACGUCCCAUGCCAGUAUCCAUUGCACCUUGUGUGCAGAGAGAUGCCUAUGCA